AUGUCGUCUUCCGCCUCGAAUAAGGUCCUCAUACUGGAUGGAGGCCUGGGUACCUCCCUGGGCGACAAGUACGGCGUGCGCUUCGACAAGUCAACCCCUCUAUGGUCGUCUCACAUGCUCGUGAGCGACCAAGACACCCUCCUCGCUUGCCAAAAGGACUUCGGUGAUGUCCCGGUCGACAUCAUCCUGACGGCAACCUAUCAAUUUUCGAUCCACGGCUUCGCCAACACUCGCACGGCUCAGUUUCCCGACGGCAUCGACAGGACGAAGAUCGCGUCAUAUGCCCGCGACGCUAUCGCCAUUGCUCACAGCGCCGGCAAGGAAAACGGAGGGCAGGUCGCUUUGAGUGUUGGACCCUAUGGCGCUUGCAUGAUUCCUGGCCAGGAAUACACUGGAAAAUAUGACCUCGAGCACGACACGCCUGAAGACUUGGCCGCCUGGCAUUUGGAGCGUUUCCGUAUCUUCGAGGAGGCCGGCGGGUUCUCAUCGCCCGUCUCAUACAUUGCCGUCGAGACGAUGCCGAGAUUGGACGAGAUUGUGGCCGCGAGGAAGGCCCUAGACGACCUGGGAGCGAAGGCCGCCAACACGCCCUUUUGGAUCGCCUGUGUCUUCCCAGGCGAGGAAAUGGCCCUGCCUGAUGGGGCCAGCAUCAGCUCCGCUGUCGACGCCAUGUUGAAUCCAGCUGUGGCACGGUCCCAACCCUGGGGCAUCGGCAUCAACUGCACCAAAAUCUGGAAGCUCAAGGAGCUUAUCGCCCAUUUCGAAGCGGCCGUUGCCGACCAGGUCCAAGCGGGUCACGUCAAUGAGGCGCCGGCCCUGGUUCUGUACCCCGACGGUACUGACGGCGAGGUGUACAACACAACGACGCAGACCUGGGAGCUACCAGCAGGCGGCAAGGUACAAGGUGCCCCAUGGGAGGAACAGCUUGCCGAGAUAGUGCGCGACGCCAACACUCGAGGAAAGUGGAAGCAGAUUGUCGUGGGAGGAUGCUGCAAGGCCAGCCAUGCCCACCUCGCAAGGCUCCGCGAUUGCGUUUUGAACAACAAUGAGCAAGCAAAGAACGAGUGA